AUGACUAGCAUAGAGGACAUCAAAAGGCUUGUGCUAAAGCCCUUUCAGAAUCAUCGCCAAUUAAGCAUCAAGGAAGCAGAUACAAUAUCAUUGGAAGUUCUGGACCUACUUAGCCAGUCUGACUGCAAAGAUCGGCAGACGCUCGAGUACUUGGCUAAUUUCCUCACGAUCGAGACAUACCACGACUUGAUAGAAGAACGAAAUCUCAACAAGAAGUGUGGGUAUCCCACAUGCACUCGCAGCCAAAAUCGUGUCCGCGAUCCAUACGGCGGGAAUACGAUAGCAACCCGUUUUCUGCAAGAAAACAAUCCAUACGCCUAUCUCUCGCACUACUGCAGCAAGUUUCACUACCGCUGCUCCCAAUUCUACGAGGUUCAGCUCACAGACGAGGCUCUGUUCGUACGCAUAGGCGUCCACCUCGAUGAUGAGGUUCAAGGAAACUCACCACCAAAGCUGCAGAAGAUUUCACUACUUGAAGAACUCAUCCAGGGCGAGGAUCUAGCCCAAGAAGAUCUAAUAUCAAUUGUCAGUGGUAUAGGGCAACUACAUAUAAAGAGCGACGAAGCACUAGGAGGGGAUGAUAAAGAAGAGCUUGAAAAAGAUCUAAGUGAGUGGCUAUCGGAAGUCAAGAUCGUGGAAAACAAAGACCCUCAUCCUAUGGGAGACCUUUUCAAGGACGAAAGCUGA